CUCAGAACUCACAAGCCAGGCGUGAAGCUCAGCUCCAGCUGUAGCAAAAGAAAGAAGAAAAUCGACAGUGGUUCGCUGAAAUGGUUCAAUCAGGCGGGAAAAAUGUGGGCCAGAUGAUAUUAGGCAUCGGCGGCAGCGGCCUGGGCCAGGCCCUUGCCGCCGUCGCCGCAGCUCUCUUGCUCCGCCUCAUCUCCGGCCCAGGCCCAGCAAUCUCACCAGAGGCUGACGCCGGCGACGACUACACUGAUGCGAUAGACGACGAAGCCGAAACUCCGGAUGUCGGAAAAGUGGUUCCGGUCACAAUCCGGUGGCGCAACAUCAACUGUUCCCUCUCUGACAAAUCCUCCGCAGCUGUCCGAUUUCUGCUUAAAAACGUAAGCGGAGAAGCGAAACCGGGGAGACUACUGGCGAUUAUGGGGCCGUCAGGAUCAGGAAAGACGACGCUGCUGAAUGUACUCGCGGGUCAGCUUGCUGCGUCACCGCGGCUACGUUUAUCGGGAUUGUUGGAGGUCAAUGGCAAUCCUAGUCCAAACAAAGCCCAUAAGUUUGCUUAUGUGAGACAGGAGGACCUGUUUUUCUCGCAGCUGACGGUGAGAGAGACGUUGUCUCUUGCCGCGGAGCUGCAGCUUCCGGAGAUAUCUUCCUCCGAAGAAAGAUUAGAGUAUGUGAACGGCCUGUUGUUUAAGUUGGGAUUGAUUAGUUGUGCUGAUACCAUUGUUGGUGAUGUGAAAGUCCGAGGAAUCAGUGGGGGUGAAAAGAAACGACUGUCUGUGGCAUGUGAGCUGAUUGCAAGCCCCUCUGUUAUAUUUGCUGACGAACCCACUACUGGACUUGAUGCUUUUCAGGCAGAGAAAGUAAUGGAAACCCUUCGACAGCUUGCACAGGAUGGACAUACUGUAAUCUGCUCCAUACAUCAGCCUAGAAGUUCUGUGUACAGUAAAUUUGAUGACAUCGUGUUGCUAACAGAGGGUGCACUUGUCUAUGCUGGUCCUGCACAUGAUGAACCACUAGCAUACUUCUCUAAAUUCGGGUACAAUUGCCCAGAUCAUGUGAACCCUGCGGAGUUUCUAGCUGAUCUCAUAUCCAUUGACUACAGUUCUGCCGAAAGUGUCUACUCUUCUCAGAAAAGAGUAGAUGCUCUUGUUGAAUCAUUUUCGCAACAAGCAUCAUUAGUUCUCUAUGCAACUCCCAUUACAAGAAGGGAAAUUUCCAACAAAGGAACAAUGUUCAACACGAAAAACAGAGUUCAGAAGAAGGGAGGUUGGUGGAGGCAAUUCCGGUUGCUCCUAAAGCGUGCAUGGAUGCAGGCUUCUCGUGAUGGACCAACAAAUAAAGUUCGGGCAAGAAUGUCAGUUGCAUCAGCAGUCAUAUUUGGGUCAGUUUUUUGGAGAAUGGGAAGAUCUCAGACAUCAAUACAAGACAGAAUGGGAUUGCUUCAGGUUGCUGUAAUAAACACAGCAAUGGCUGCUCUCACAAAGACUGUGGGUGUGUUCCCGAAGGAGCGUGCAAUAGUAAAUAGAGAACACGCUAAAGGGUCUUAUACAUUAGGACCCUAUCUUCUAUCUAAGUUGUUGGCUGAGAUUCCUGUUGGGUCAGCAUUUCCAUUAAUGUUCGGCGCCAUUUUGUACCCCAUGGCUCGUCUUCAUCCUACUUUAUCCAGAUUUGGGAAGUUUUGUGGUAUUGUGACGGUGGAAUCUUUUGCGGCCUCUGCUAUGGGUCUAACUGUUGGCGCUAUGGUUCCAACCACUGAAGCAGCUAUGGCCGUGGGACCCUCACUUAUGACAGUUUUUCUUGUAUUUGGAGGCUAUUAUGUCAAUGCAGAGAAUACACCAAUCAUCUUUCGUUGGAUUCCUAGUGUCUCUCUAAUUAGAUGGGCCUUUCAAGGUCUUUGCAUCAAUGAGUUUAGGGGUCUUCAAUUUGAUCAUCAGCAUUCUUACGAUAUUCAAAACGGAGAGCAGGCACUUGAACGCAUCUCUUUCGGAGGAAGUCACAUUAGGGAGACAUUGGUAGCUCAAAGUAGAAUACUGUUGUUUUGGUAUAGCACCACUUACCUUCUCCUUCAGAAAAACAAACCGAAACACCAGCUGCUGGAGGCCGCACCUCUUGACCAAAUCCAACCAGCGGUGCAACUUGAGCUCUUAAAUACCGAACAAGAUGAACAAAACGAGCCAAAUGAAGAUAAUGAACAACCUGUAACAGUUGAAAAAGUCGAAUUAAACCAGCCACCAAGUGAAUCACCUCCGAUUGACUUUGUCCUAGAAGGUGCUAAGUAAAGGAGAUAUGUUAGCAAAUAAGGGAGCCUCGUGCCUUUUUCUGUCCCAAUGAGCCAUAUUUUCUAUGAAACAAGACGAUUGACGAUGAUUAAUCGUGUUGCUGUAUUGUAUAUCCAAAUCAACUUAGAAAUCAUAGCUACCACCUUGCAGUGGAUGAAGAUGUAUGUCUUUCGUAUAUGAUCAUGGCAACCGGGCGUCGACCGGUAGACGUAUAUCCGUGGGAUCUUUUUCAGUAUUUUGUGUCAAGAGAAAGGCAUGAUUUGCACUA